AGGCCAACCCUAAAGCUGCGUUUACAUUACUCUGGAAAAAUCGCUCGUGUAAAUAGUGAUUCAAAAAUCGCUUGCCUCAAAGUAGACAGCAAGUGAACUUUUGCAGGUGAUUAUCGCCCGUCAAAUAAUCGUAUCAUGUAAAAGCAGCUUAAACCGAAGGUAAGGCGAAUUCAAAAAAUAAUCUAUCUGGUAGCGCCUUUAGAAAUCGCCGCUAAAUAGGCGAAUUUUGUCAUUGGAUUCCGUGUUAUCAAUUUAUAAUUAAUAAUUUAUUGUUGAGUUAUAAAAACUUGAUUUUUUAUAUUUAGUGAUUCAGAGCAUCUACGCGGAACGCUUAAAAUGCUACAAAACGUGAUUGACUUCUGCAAUUACUGGUGGUUCCGAUAUCUUAUGGUCACAGAGCUAUAUAUGGUCGAAAAAUGGGAACGGGUUACAAUUCAUGUGAUUUUUGCAAUACUCUUUUGCCUAUUUUGGUACUUUAACUAUUCAGUGCUUUUAUCGUUUACGGGUAGUGUACUAGGUAUCACUCCUAUCUCCAGCGUUGUGGACCAACACGGUAGCAAAAUUGUGUAACUAUAGCAGUUCCAUGAUUGGAGGCAACUGCU